AUAAUUUAAAAUUCCUUAUUUCAAAACAAUGGCUGAAAAGUCCAAGAUCAAUGUGAGUAUCCCUAUUUACAAGAGGAAGCUGAAGAAGACAGACGUACACCUGAAGAAGGAAGAUAAAAAGAACUGGGGGAGGUUUCUAGACAAUCACUAUAAUGAUAAACUGCACUCUAAACCUUUCGGAAUCUCUACUAAGGCUUCUCAGGCUCAUUACAAAUAUUCAAAAUCUGGCCUCUCGCAUCACUACAAAACGGUCAAAAUCUUAGAGAAGCUCACAGUCGAAGAGCAGAACAAAAGGGAGGCUGAGAGAAGGAAGUUCAAAGAAGCCGAUCAACUCAAAGGUGACGACAUCUAUGUCUUCAUCGAAUAUUGCUCUAACUCUGAACGAACUCAGGUAUCAACAAGGCAUAUUCAGGAAAAGUAUGAAAUUUUUGCCAAGAAGUUCCGACAGGGAAUUCUAGAGAAAUUUCCCUUUAUAAAAGUGUAUUUGAAGUCUCACUCUGAUGAAGAGAAGGUCACGAAGUACACUUUAAGCGAUAAUAUGAAUGCAAAUAUUAUUGAAAACCAACGGUCAGUUGUAAGAAUCGGAGCAUUUGAAAUCAGCCUUGCUAGAAAAUUCCGACACAUUGUAAAAACAGAGCUUCUGUUCUCAAAGUUAAAGUCAAAGUUAUGGCCAAGCAUGCCCAUUCUGUUGCAGAAGAUUUCAACCCAUCUGCCUAAGACUAACCUUGUGGUCAAUGUAUUCAACCCAGAUAACCCUGAAGAUAAGGAAGGAUUAGAGGAGAUCAAAGUCAAUCUCAGACUUUCUUUUAAAAAUUGAAAAGCUAAUGAUGAACUCAAAGAAGAAAUUAGUAAAAUUCAUGAUGGAAAAAUUAAUGAGGCGCUCAAAACUCGUGAGAAAUUAAUAAAGCAGAGAUCAAUAAGUGCUCAAAGAAGAUAUGGAAAGAUCACUAACUUCAGCAUGAGGGAAGAGUCUCAUAAAAUGUCUACAGCUUCCAACCAACGUCCUUUCACUGCAGUCAGCAAGUUUUCAGCAUCUCUUCACAAGAGUAUCCAGAGUAUGGUCAAGCAGAAUAAUGAGUACAAGAGAACACAUGGACAGAGUGUCCAAAUCCCAAUGACUAGGAGCAAUGGGCCCAGAAAUCUCACUACUGUAGGAAGGAGGUCUGUCAGACCCUCUACAGGAGCCAGUAUGAACACACUCAACAUAAAAACAAUGGAACGCAAAAAUGCCAGAAACGCUUACAGCUCUUACUCAAUAGGGUUUAAGUCUAAGAAAAAGAAGAAGAAUGGGGUUAAAGUAGAAGAUAUAGAAUUUUCCUCUCAGCCUAACGAAGAAUACCAGAUCCUCUUCGAGAACAUUCCAAAAGCUGUCUAUGAUAUUGAGACAGAAGAGAGUCCCUUCUUUCAAAAAGCAAGCAGAUCAGUAAACCUCAUGCUGGAAGGGGACAACAAAGGAGAGAGUAUGGUAUACCUCCCUGUAGAGAGACAACUGACCUCCUGCACCUCUCUCUAUUUCAUCAAAACCCAAGAGAAUUCCGACGACUUCAACCCUGAAAUUGAAGAGCCUCAAUACUUUAAUGAUCUCAGAGUCAGAGCUUUACUUCUAGAAAAAGCAAGUAAUCCCUACAAUCAAGAGCCUGGAGAGGACUCAGACGAUGGCAAUGAGACUGAAUAUGAAGAAGAGUUCUACUAUGACAGAAACUCUAGUUGCUACAGAUGUGGACUCGAGCCUGGAAAAUACAUGAUGGUAGUUGAUGGUGAUGACCUUGCACAAUAUUCCGAAACAAUUGACAUUUAUGAAGGAAGCAUCACUCAAGAGAUCAUUCUCAAAAAGAAAGACAAGAAGGUCUUCCUUUUCUGUGUCAGGAACGGUCAAACAGGUGAAAAUAUCAACUCAAGUAUUGUAAAAUUCAAGAAAAAGACUUCUAAAAGCGUAUCGGAAGUUAUUACAGAUGAGAGAGGUAUCUGAACUUGUUAUCUUGAUGGCUUUGGAGCAUAUUCAGUCCAAGCAGAAAGGAAAGGAUAUAUCACCUCGAAGCUUGACUUUCAGUAUACUAAAAUGAAUCAAGAGAUGGACCAACUAACACUACUCAUGCUGCCUGAGGAACCUCUAGCCAAAAAGCCAGAAGAUAAUGGUGGAGAAGUUAAACCAACUGUCAGACUUAGAAUGAUCUUUUACGUUGAAAAUGCUCAUGAAUCCGGACCUCCAAUGAUAAAGUACAAGAAAGAAGCUGAAGGUGAAGAGAGCACUGAAGAAACCUGCACUCCAAACGGAGAGAUCUUUGAAGACAACUUCUAUUUCAGAAUAAUGAGAGCAGGAGAUAGUAACUGGUACUACGGAGAAAUUGAAACAAAUAAAGACAAAUGGAUUAGAUUUUAUCAACCUAUUGCAAACCUAAAGGUUCCUACUUACGAAGAGAUUGAUCAAUUUAGCGUCUGAAAUGUGAAAAUUCCUCAAGCAAGAUUUAUCCUCUAUUCAGAGAAAAAUGAGCUGGGAAAGGUGAGCCCCAGCUUUGUCGAUGAUUACCAUCCAAUAUGGGACAUUGGUCUGCUAAAUCCAGUUCAAAAGAAGUUUGUCCAGACCAACUUCUUUGUGAGGAAUGAUGAAAAACUCACAAGAAAAGCAAUGAUGAGGCCAUAUUUCAAGUUUAUCCAGUAUUUGAAUAACCAGAAUGAGUUCUAUAACUUUAGUUACAUUUUUGGAUUCAAUGAAGGAGUCUUCAAAUUUGAUGAUUAUCACAUCACUGCUCUUAACUUCUAUUCCAGAAUGAAGGCACUAGACGUAGAGUGGAUCAACCCUGAAAUUCCAGAGGGAGAGCAGCACGAAGAAGCUAGACUUGAUUUCGAAGCCUUCCUACACUACAUGUCUUCAUCUAUGGUAAAUGUUCUUGGGGAAGUUCCUCUCAAGAAGGUAACUGAGAGGUUUGGUCCACAUUUAAAUACUGCUGCUAAGAAAUAA